GCACAAGGGUCAUACUUAUAUACUUGACCUUCAAGCAAGCAACCACAUCCUGCAUUUAGUGCAUGAGAAAGUCUCGGGCGGCAGAUCAGCUGUCAAAUCAAACAUAGUACUGAGCUGAGAAGCUGUGACAGAGGACAAUCCUCUGUUCUGUCUGUACAGGGACACAGUGGCUUCCAUAUAAAGAAGUCGUACCACCAGUCGGGUCUCUCAGAAUCGGGCGCUAUGGCAGUUGAGAAUGGUGUAAACGGCGAUUCUUCGGGAAUGCGAGAAGAGGCGACUACCAUGUCCCAGAGCGUUGAGGAAAAAAUGAGCAAAGGACAUGAGAAGGCUAACUCGGUUGCCUUCCACAAGCUGUUCUCCUUUGCCGACAAGAUUGAUGUCCUCCUGAUGAUCAUAGGGAUGGUUGGUGCGAUCGGGAAUGGAGUUUCUCUGCCCAUCAUGACCAUCUUUUUCGGUGAGCUGAUUGAUUCUUUCGGAAGGAAUCAGAACAAUGGAGAAGUGGUCUAUGUUGUCUCUAAGAUAUCCCUCAAGUUUGUGUACUUGGCAGUUGGGUCGGCAGCGGCUGCAUUUCUUCAGGUGGCUUCUUGGAUGGUCACUGGAGAGAGACAGGCUGCGAGGAUUCGGGGCUUGUACUUGCAGACAAUUCUGAGACAGGACAUUGCCUUCUUUGACAAGGAAACGAACACGGGAGAGGUUGUUGGGAGGAUGUCUGGCGACACGGUCCUGAUACAGGAUGCCAUGGGCGAGAAGGUUGGGAAGUUCCUGCAGCUCAUAUCGACCUUCUUUGGAGGCUUUGUCAUAGCAUUUACCAAAGGGUGGCUGCUCACCCUGGUGAUGAUUACAUCUAUCCCUCUCCUCGUGAUAGCUGGUGGGACCAUGUCCAUGAUCAUUUCCAAGAUGACGUCUCGUGGGCAGUCCGCUUAUGCGAAAGCAGCAAAUGUUGUCGAGCAAACAAUCGGCUCAAUCAGAACAGUCGCGUCGUUUACCGGUGAGAAGAAAGCCAUAGCACUCUACAACAGGUUUAUUGUAGAUGCUUACAAGUCGGGAGUUCACGAAGGCUUGGCUGUGGGGUUAGGUCUUGGAACGUUUAUGUUUAUAAUGUUUGGCAGUUAUGGUUUGGCAAUUUGGUUCGGUGCAAAGUUGAUUUUGGAAAAAGGAUAUUCCGGUGGACAAGUUUUGAACGUGAUCAUGGCGGUCUUGACCGGUUCAAUGUCACUGGGCCAGGCUUCACCGUGCAUGAGUGCGUUUGCUGCAGGCCGAGCUGCAGCAUACAAGAUGUUUGAGACUAUUGAGAGGAGGCCUGAGAUUGAUUCCUACAGUACAACAGGGAAGACACUGGAUGAUAUUCGAGGGGAUAUAGAGCUAAGGGAAGUUUACUUCAGCUACCCUGCCAGGCCCGAAGAGCAGAUAUUCGAUGGCUUUUCCCUUUCCAUACCGAGUGGGACCACCACUGCACUGGUGGGGCAGAGCGGAAGUGGGAAAUCCACCGUGAUCAGUCUGAUUGAGAGAUUUUACGACCCGCAGGCCGGGCAAGUCCUGAUAGAUGGGAUCAAUCCUAGGGAGUUCCAGAUCAAGUGGAUACGGAGCAAGAUCGGGUUAGUAAGCCAAGAACCAGUUCUGUUCGCUUCCAGUAUUAGAGAUAACAUUGCAUAUGGCAAAGAAUGUGCAACUCUCGAAGAGAUCCAAACUGCCACUGAGCUUGCAAAUGCUGCUAAGUUCAUUGACAAGCUGCCUCAGGGAUUAAAUACUAUGGUUGGUGAACAUGGAACACAGCUCUCGGGUGGGCAGAAGCAGAGAGUUGCCAUAGCAAGGGCGAUCCUGAAGAAUCCAAGAAUCUUACUCUUAGAUGAAGCCACGAGUGCACUCGAUGCAGAGUCUGAGAGGAUUGUGCAGGAGGCACUGGACAGGAUCAUGGUCAACCGCACAACUGUCAUCGUUGCUCACCGCCUGAGCACGGUUAAAAAUGCGGACAUGACUGCUGUUAUUCAUCGCGGGAAAAUGGUUGAGAAAGGUUCACACUCGGAGUUACUCAAAGACCCUGAGGGCGCAUACUCUCAGCUAAUCCGAUUGCAAGAAGUGAACAAAGAAUCCAAAGACCCUGCAGACACUGGAAACAUGUCGGAGACAACCGAAUUCAACAGGCAGUCAAGUCAGAGGACAUCCAUGGUACGUUCACUCAGUCGAGGAUCCUCGAUUGGGAGCAGUAGCAGCCACUCCUUGUCCAUGUCCUUUGGCCUGCCCAGUGGCCUUUACGUCAAUGAGAGCGCCGAACCCAACUCCAUGGUCUCACCAGACAAGGAGAGACCCCAUAAGGUUUCAAUACGCCGUCUUGCUAACCUCAAUAAGCCCGAGAUCCCAGUACUAUUUUUUGGCUCGAUCUCUGCAAUAAUCAAUGGUGUGAUUCUUCCGAUCUUUGGGAUCCUCAUCUCAAGUGUAAUCAAGACCUUCUAUGAGCCACCGCAAGAGCUAAGGAAGGACUCCAAGUUCUGGGCCCUUAUGUUUGUGGUUCUAGGUGCGGCAUCAUUUCUGGCUUACCCUGCCAGGACUUAUUUGUUCGCAGUCGCGGGGUGUAAGUUAAUUGAACGGGUGAGAUCCUUGUGUUUCCAGAAAGUGGUCCACAUGGAAGUUGGAUGGUUCGAUGAACCCGAGCACUCAAGUGGGGCCAUUGGGGCGAGACUGUCAGCGGAUGCGGCGAUGGUGCGGGCCCUUUUGGGCGAUGCUUUAGGACAGCUUGUUCAGAACAUCGCUUCGGCAGUCGCAGGUUUGGUCAUUGCCUUUGUCGCUAGCUGGCAGCUAGCAUUUAUCGUUCUCGCACUGAUUCCUCUGGUCGGAAUUAAUGGAUACAUUCAAGCGAAGUUCAUGAAAGGAUUUAGCGCCGAUGCAAAGAUGAUGUACGAGGAAGCAAGUCAAGUGGCUACUGAUGCGGUGGGGAGCAUAAGGACGGUCGCUUCCUUCUGUGCAGAAGAGAAGAUGAUGCAACUUUACCGGAAGAAAUGUGAGGGCCCGAUGAUGACGGGUAUCAGGCAAGGGUUGAUUAGCGGGCUUGGGUUUGGUAUUGCCUUUUUCUUUCUGUUCUGCGUGUACGCGACGAGUUUCUAUGCAGGAGCAAGACUUGUUGAGGCUGGCCAGACGACUUUUGAUGAUGUUUUCCGGGUCUUCUUUGCUUUAACAAUGGCAGCUAUAGGGAUAACUCAAUCGAGCUCCUUCACUAUCGAUUCGGACAAAGCUAAAGCUGCUUCCACAUCGAUCUUUUCAAUAAUAGACCGAGAGUCCAAGAUUGACCCGAGCGAUGAGUCUGGAAUGACACUAGAGAACGUGAAGGGGGAAAUCGAAUUUCGUCACAUAAGCUUUAAGUACCCUUCUCGACCCGACGUUCAAAUUUUCCGUGAUCUUACCUUGGCCAUUCACUCUGGAAAGAAUGUUGCCUUGGUCGGUGAGAGCGGGAGCGGGAAAUCAACAGUUAUCGCAUUAUUGCAGCGAUUUUACAAUCCCGAUUCUGGUCAUAUUACCCUCGACGGGGUCGAUAUUCAGAAGCUGCAGCUGAAGUGGUUGAGGCAGCAGAUGGGUCUGGUCAGCCAAGAACCAGUUCUGUUCAACGACACCAUUCGAGCAAACAUCGCCUACGGCAAAGAGGGAGAUGCGACGGAGUCGGAAAUCAUCGCAGCCUCUGAACUGGCAAAUGCCCACAGGUUCAUCAGCGGAUUGCAACAGGGAUAUGAAACGGUUGUGGGAGAGCGAGGAGUCCAGCUAUCGGGCGGUCAGAAGCAGCGAGUGGCAAUCGCACGGGCCAUAGUCAAGAGCCCGAAGAUUCUACUACUUGACGAGGCCACGAGCGCACUGGAUGCCGAGUCGGAAAAGGUGGUUCAGGAUGCGCUUGACCGAGUCAUGGUAAAUAGGACCACGGUUGUGGUGGCACACCGGCUCUCCACAAUCAAGAACGCGGACGUGAUCGCAGUGGUCAAGAACGGAGUGAUCGUCGAGAAGGGAAAACACGACACACUGAUAAACAUCACGGGCGGAUUUUACGCGUCUCUGGUUGCUCUCCACACAAGCGCGUCGACUGCUUGAUCAGUGUCCAUUCCUGCAAGAGCUUUGAUCUCUACUAUGCUCUCAUUAAAUUUCUUAGGGGGAAAUUUUUUAAAUUUUCACUUCUUUUUCUCACAAGAUGAAAAUAGGAACAAAAUCUGCUCUUCAUAAAUAAUUAUUACGUUACAUGUAAGAGUAUGUCACAUGCGCCAUCGACUGAAACUGAGAGAUUCCGACUUUGUUUCUCACUGAUCGGACUUUCCAUGACCCCCAUAGAUAGUGAUAGACAAGAAAUUUACAACUUUGCGUCACGUAACUAAAGGUUGAAGCGGUGUGAAUUUAAAUAAAAGAACAUUUGUUUUCGGA